UUUCAUCCUGCACUCACGAGACACCAAUUUGUACUUUAGUUACAUCUGCGAUUAUAAUUUAAAACGAACGAGACGAAAAUUUUGUGCUAUUUAAAACCCAGCAUUUCUGACUAUUAGCUCACCUAAACAGGAAAUAUUAGUACUUUCCUGAUCCUCUCUCUGACUCCCUCUGAUUCUCCACUUCACUACAUCUUCCAGUCCAAACCCAAUAAGGCAAGCAAGAAACCACUCCCUUUUCUUCGUUAAAUUCUUCCCGCGAGCACAGGCUCUGCCUUGUUCUUGUAAUGGAACUCACAGAAAGGAGUGACUUAAUGGAAGGUUUUGAUUGGGGUUCAGGCAUUUGGGGAAAUGCCUCAGAGAAAACUAGUCAUGGUUUUAUAGUUAAUUCUGGUAUUAUAGAAAGUGGGUUUGCUUCAUCUUCGUCUCUGGUUUUGGAUGACCAGAUAGGUGAGCUCGUGGAGGCUUCUGUCAAAGAACGAAACAAGGGCUUGUCCUCUGAGAGAAGCGUCGCCGCUUUGAAGAAUCAUAGCGAGGCGGAACGUAGGAGAAGAGCAAGGAUCAAUGCUCAUCUUGAUACUCUUCGCACAGUAAUUCCAGGUGCUAACAAGAUGGACAAAGCAUCGUUACUUGCUGAGGUGAUCAGACACUUGAAAGAGCUUAAAGGGAAUGCAGCACAAGCUUGUGAAGGUUUGAUGAUACCAAAGGACAGCGAUGAGAUAAGAGUUGAAGAACAAGAAGGUGGCUCUAAUGGAUUUCCUUAUUCAAUAAAGGCAUCUCUGUGUUGUGAGUAUAAACCUGGGUUAUUGUCUGAUAUAAGACAAGCACUUGACGCUCUUCAUCUGAUGAUAAUGAACGCAGAAAUUGCGACCUUGGGAGGAAGGAUGAAGAAUGCGUUUGUGAUUAUAAGCUGCAAAGAGAACAACAUUGAAGAUUCUGAGUAUAGGCAGUUUCUUGCUGGUUCUGUUCAGCAAGCUCUCAAGUCUGUGGUUGACAGAUUCUCUGCUUCACAAGACCUCUUAGGAAUGAGGAAGAGGAGAAGGAUUUCUGUAUUCAAUUCAUCAUUCUCUGUGGGAGAAUUGUGGUGAGCUUAUUGUAUACAUGGGAGGAAUUUUAGAGUUCCUCGUAAGCAUGAGUUUUCUUUGAGCAAUCGAUUGAUGGAAGAUACUGGUGUCAUGUGCCUUGCUGCCAUGUAAACUUGAUUAUAUAUGCUGAAAUAAUAAGAAAUCUUUCUUCUGCUCUUCCUGACUUGAA